UAAAGCUUUCACUCAAAAAAAGGCAUUUAAUCAGACACUAAUAUAUACUAAAGAGAGGGCAUAUCUGUGGUUUGUUAAAACCCUUAUAUAUUUCAGGUAAUUAAACACAGUCUUUCAUGCAAAAGAUAAACUGUCAUUGAUAUUUGUGGUUAUUCAUCUAGCUAAAAACAUGAGUUAAUUCUCUCAAAUUAGCCAUUAUUUUGCCCAUAAAGUUGAACAUGAGGGGAAGUGGGAAACUAUAUAUUGAUAUUUAUUGAAAAAUAUUCUGUCAGAAUUGUAAUUUAUCUCAAACUUAUCAGAGUGUCUGUAUUUGUGUAUACAGGAAAUCUGUGGCAAAAUAACUGCUUAACUAUAUUUUAUAUGUCCUCAUAGAUGAGAACAUUUACUGAGAAGUUGGGUUUUAAUUGACUCAUCCGAUGCCAGUGUAGACAAACAUAUAUAAAAAUGCUAAUGACCAUUGCGAUAUUUGUGCUAGACAUUUUCUGUCAACUAGAAUCCUCAAGGUUAUUCCAAACGCUAGACCUCCCCAAUACUGAUCUCCCCUGAUGAUCACAUGUCUUCAUUACAAUCACAUAUCUUCGACAUGUCAACAGCUAUAUUACAAAGACAGACCUGUAUCUUUGGGGUCACAAAAUAUUUGUCUCCCAAUAACUACUAAGCUACUAUAUAGCUCAAGUGAAACCUACAAUAGUAUACAGCUCUCUCAUCCAAGACAGUGUAGUGGUGCGAAAUUAUAGCCGCCAUUGAGGAAGUACUAUUCUGCGCAUGCGCAGGGGACUUCACCACCGGAAGCCCCUCGAGUGUGCAUGCGUAGUAAAACGGUUCUUAAAGAGAGAGUUUCACUUUUGUUAGGCAGUUGAGCUCAGACCUGCUACGUGACAACUCCUCGCUCCUCAACGAAUUACCACUUCACCUCGAUGCCUUUGAUGGUGAUAGCUACUUGUUUCUCUGGCAGGCAUUAAGGAAGCCCUUAACCUUCCAUUACCAAACUACAACCUAAUCAGCGGCUGCUAAGCUGAAUGACAGGAAUUGUGAAACCAAGCAUCAUCAUAAAUAAAACCUUUUUUAUUAUACUGUUAAUUGUUCUAUUGUCUCUUCAUAUAUAAUUAUGUUGAAAGGUGAUAGAGAGACUAAAGUCUCUAUGACAACUAUCAAACUUUUACAACAGUAUUGUUACUACACAUAUAGACAUCCAGGCAAAAUGCUUAGCGGUAUUUCGUCUGUCUUUACGUUCUGAGUUCAAAUUCUGCCAAGGUUGACUUUGCCGUUCAUCCUUGAAUGCAUUAUGAGCCUACAAGAGAGUUCUAUACUUGUCUGUCAAGUAUAACAGUCAAGUAUACAGUCAAAUAAAUAACUCACAUGUUCUUAGGUUUCGUUGCCUCCGAGCGUGGCCGUCGCCAGUACCGCCUGACUGGCCUUUGUAGGAUUUUCGAGCGAGAUCGUUGCCAGUGCCCCUGGACUGACUCUUGUGCGGGUGUCACAUAAAAUACACCAUUUUGAGCGUGACCGUUGCCAGUACCUCCUGACUGGCCUUUGUGCGGGUGACAUGUAAAAGCACCCACUACACUCUCUGAGUAGUUGGCGUUAGGAAGGGCAUCCAGCUGUAGAAACUCUGCCAAAUCAGAUUGGAUCCAGGUGUUGCCAUCCGGUUUCACCAGUCCUCAGUCAAAUCGUCCAACCCAUGCUAGCAUGGAAAGCGGACGUUAAACGAACGAACGAACGACAUGCUUGCAGUAUAUUGUUAAUAAGGAGGUUUUUGAUUUGCUAUAAAUCUGUCAUAGUUUUAUUUUGUCUGUUAUUUAAUCACAAAAUAAUCACAAAGUAAUUACAUGGUCACAUUUGUUUUCAUAUUCAUCACAUACAUUACUCAACAUUAUUUAAAAGUAAAUACAUCACAUUUUAUCAAAAGAAAUCUAAAGACAAAAAAUUCCAUCCUAUAUCUUUCUUUGUUUUUUUACUAGCUUCAACUAUUGGUCUGCAGUCAUGCUGGAGCACGUCUUGUAUAGUUUAGUUGAACAAAUCAUCCCCAAUACUUAUUUAUUUUUUUAAGUGUGGGACUUAGUCUAUUAACUUCUUUCACCCAUUCACUGUUAUAUGGAUGUAAAAAACCAACACUGGUUGUCAAGUGGUGGAGAUGGGGACAAAUACACUCACACACAUGUGACAGGUUUCAACACAGUCUCCAUCUACCAUAUUCACUCACAAGGUAUUGAACAGCCCCGGGUUAUUCUACUGAUAUCCUUUACAAAGACGUAAACAAACCAACACCGGUUGUCAAACGAUGGUGAAGGACAAACACAAAGACACAUACACGCACGCACGUGUGUAUACGAUGGGCUUCUUUCAGUUUCCGUCUAAUAAAUCCACUCACAAGGCUUUGGCGACCUGGGGCUAUAGUAGAAGACACUUGCUCUCGGUGCCGCGCAAUGGAACUGAACCCAAGACUGCACGACUCGAGAGCAAGCUUCUCGACUACACAGACGUGCCUGCGCCUAUAUCUAUCUGUUUUACCCAUUUUCUCUCUUUCUCUCUGUCUGUCCCUUUCUCUCUGUCUAUCCCCUUCUCUGCCUCCCUUAUCACUUUUCCUCUCCUUCCCUCUUUAUCUUUCUCUCUCUCUCAUUCUGUUUCUCUAUCUCAAACACAGGUGCGCGCGCGGUGGAAGAGUUUGUUCCCCUGAUAGCUUAUUGUCGAUAAUCUCCAAACAUUAUUUAGAAUAAAUACACUUAUUUAUUCAGAUGUCAGGUGAACUUGUGUAGGAAUUAAUAAUAAUUGUCGACACAAAAGCAUUAUUAAUGUCUGCUUUAUGAUUUUUUUGUGGGUAAAGAAAUUCAAAAUCGUGAUAUUUUGUGUACGGGUGACACUUAGUUUGCCUUCGUAGACUUUAAAUCUGACAGUAAAAAGACAUCUACCAAUAUUUUACAUUUGGAUUAUUUGGUUUGAUAUCAUGUGAAAUGGGCCUGAAGACUUUACAAUUCAGAUGCAUCAAUAUGUUCAUCAAUUUUUGAAGAUAAUAGGAAGACUUUAUGAAGAACAUAUGUUUGCAGAAAUCCUUGGUUGAAUUCAUCAAGAUCAUCAUCCUCAGCAUUUUAAUGCAUAUUUUAUGAAACAAACACAGAUUUGUUGGAAUACAGCAAAUCACCAGUUACGUUGGGUUUUUUUUUUAUCACCACUUCUUAGAAACACAUCAUUCUGAAAUCUGAUCUUCCUCAUUUUUUUCACACACCUUUGUAAAUCUACCUUUUUCCCAAAUACCUUCUAUUGACAGUAUAUAGUAAUUUUUUUUAUCAAGCAUUCAUCUUUCAUUUACAAAUACUGUGAAAGAUUUCCUUUCAACUGAAACUAACCUCAGUAUAAAUAUCAACUACCUUGAAAUGCGUGCUGGAUUGAAUAAUUCACUGAGUAUUUGAAUGAACAAGAAUGUUUGUAUGGAUCUGUGUUGACAAGUAGAGAUAUUUUAGCUAUUAUUGGUUCUUUUUUUUUUUUUUUUUUUUUUUUUUUUCUAAUUUACAAACUUUUUAUUAUAAGAUUGAGUUCUAUUCUAAUUAAUUCUCUUGAAUCAAUUACUUCAGAAGUGAUUAUAUUGUUAUUUAUAAUUUUGUUAUCGAUUGUUUGAAACAUCUUCGGAAUAUGUCAAAGACAACAGUGUUGUGGUGGAAAGAUAUAGUGAGAGAAAUAUGUUCUAAAUCACAUUAAAAAAAGCAGGAAAAAUAAUUUUGUGCUAUAUGAUGGAAGUAGAAGGUUUUGAAGAGGAAAUUGUUUAAGUCUCAGAAGAAAUGUAGAAAGAAAAUAUUGAUGUUUGUGUUCAGACACUGAAAAUAACUGAAUAAAUCAUAUCUUUGUAUCAAUGUGAAGUCCUUCAUCAUAAGAAAUCAAUUGAUUCACCAAGGAUAUAUAAUUCAUAUUAUCAAUAUUUGUUGUAAUAGAUUCACUAUGAGUAGUUUGUUAUCUCAACAUGAACUUCUUCAGACAGGAGAGAAACAAUAUCUUUGUGAAAUCUGUGGUAAAUCAUUCUCUCGAGUAAGUCACUUAACUAGACAUAAAUAUAUUCAUACAGGAGAGAAGCCAUAUGACUGUGAUAUCUGUGGUAAGUCAUUCACUGAUACAAGCCAAAUAACCCGACACAAACGUAUUCAUACAGGAGAAAAAUCAUACAAAUCCGAUAUUAGUAAUAAAUCAUUAUCUCAAAGAAGUCUAUUAACAUCUCGUAAAUUGUUUCAUACAGGAAAAAACUCACUUCAGUGUGAUGUCUGUGGGAAAAAAUUCUCCCAAAGAGGCAGCUUAACUAGACAUAAAUAUAUUCAUACAGGUGAGAAACCAUAUCACUGUGAUAUCUGUGAUAAAGCAUUCACUGAUAAAAGCCAGGUAACCCAACACAGACGCAUUCAUACUGGAGAGAUGCCAUAUCAUUGUGAUAUCUGUGAUAAAUCAUUCUUUCUAAAAUCUCACUUGAAUGCACACAGAUUUAUACAUACAGGAGAGAAACCAUAUCACUGUGAUACUUGUGGUAAAUCAUUCUCUAGAAAAUGUCAUUUAACUACACAUAAAUACAUACAUACAGGAGAAAAACCAUAUCACUGUGAUAUCUGUGGUAAAACCUUCACUGAUACACACCAAGUAACCAAGCACAAACGGGUUCACACAGGAGAAAAACCAUAUCUCUGUGAUAUCUGUCAUAAGUCAUUCUCUCGGAAAAGUAACUUAACUUCACACAAGUUUAUUCAUGGAGGAGAAAAGCCAUAUCACUGUGAUAUCUGUGGUGAGUCAUUUGCUCAGAGAUACAUCUUGACACUACACAUACGUAUUCAUACAGGUGAAAAACCAUAUAAGUGUGAUACUUGUGGUAAAGCAUUUUCUGAAAGAAAUAAUUUAAGCAAACAUGUACGUAUUCAUACAGGAGAGAAACCCUAUCAGUGUGAAAUAUGUGAUAAAUCAUUUUCUCAAAGUGGCCACUUAACAACACAUCUACAUAUUCAUACAGGAGAGAAACCAUAUAGCUGUGAUAUCUGUGGUAAAUCAUUUUCUGAAAGAAAUCAUGUAACCAGACACAAAAAAAUCCAUACAGGAGAGAAGCCACACAGCUGUGAUAUUUGUGGUAAAUCAUUCUCCUAUAGGUAUCAGGUAAUCAAACAUGAACAUACUCAUACAGGAGACAAACACAGUCCCUGACGUCCAUUUUAAAUCAUAUCAUCCUCUGAGAUUUUCUUUUUAAUUCACAUGAACUUGUUCUCUAAAAGUAGCCAUGUAUCUUGGUAUAGAGUUGUUCCCACGAGAGAAAAACCAUAUCGUUAUGAUUAUGUAUGGUAAAUUAUUAUCUAAAACAAAAUUAAUCUUUCUGAACCACAGAUGAAGAAGAGAGUGUAUCUCUAUCAGAUUUGUGUCUAAACAAAACAUUCUUUACAUGUAGUCUUUACUCAUGUUAUGAGUUUAUUCAGACAUCUCUGCACAUAUUGGAUUGUGCAUUAUUUUGCACCUCUAACCAAUCCCAGAAAGCUAAGCAGGUCAUUGAAACCAUUCUCAUAAGGAUGUCCUUCUACAUCCCACACAUCUCAAAGCUUCCAUCCAAAUGGUUCACACAAAGUUGCGCUGCCACACCUAAGGCAAGGAACAUAGUUAACAAUGCCUGAAAAUAAGUCACUGACCACCACUAACUGGAUGGAUUUCACGUGCUUCUGCACCUCAUGCUAGACUACUAACCAUAAAGCAAAAUACCUUUUGCUCAUUUCCCAGCCUGAAGCUUACUACCCUCUUAGAUUGUAUUUAGUACUGGUCCUUUCAUAAAGAAUUUUUACCAAGUUUGUAGAAUCCUCAAUCCUAUUCACUACCCCUUAACUUUGAUGGCUCUGUGAAAACUUCCAUAUUUGCUGCCCAGUUUGCAUCCAACUCCCCAUUGCAAACUUUUCCUAUCCUUUCUACCAUUCACAUAUACAUGUCAAGUACAAAAGAAAUGCCAAUCACUCCAGAUCAACAAUGCCAUGAGGCUUGACAACUUCAGUCCAUCUCCCUCCUCAGUAGCCACUAGUUUUGCUUCCAUAGAAUCAAAUUUAUUGAGGACUUGUUCUAUUAUUAUGAUACUCAUCAGUAGUUCAUCAUCCUUGAGAAAUUUGGUAAAAACAGUGUUGCAUUUGAUAUCAAGGCUGAUUUAUCCAUCCAUCCAUCUUCUCCACCCACUAUUCCUGGGUGGAUCAUGGGUUUAAAGUCCUCAGGCACCUCUUCCAUAGUAUCAUCUCAGAAGCAACCAUCAUCAGACUUUCCAGCUGGAUUCCCAAAUAUGACCAACUGAGUCUAUGGAUACUAUCCAGCCAUCUCAUUCUGGGUCUAUUCCUAGGUCACCUGCCAGUUGUCUUGGCCUGAAGAAUCUGCCUUGUGAUUCAUUCCCAGAACAUUCUGAUCACAUGUCCAUAGUACCAGAGCUGUGACCUCUCAGUGUGGAGAAAUAGUGGCUCAACCUGGAAAGAAUCCCUGAUCUCCGAGCUGUGAACCCUGUUGAAUAAUGUUACUCCAGAGAUCCGGUGGUUAAACAAUGUAAACUUGUAUGUUUUAACAUUUAGUUAAUAAAAAAAUAUAAGUUGUGAAUCAUUGUCCUCAUCAA